CGUAUCAAGAGUCUUCACCUCGCCGCUUGAAGCUCCUUCUCAGACAUUGAAUCGAAGGAGUACGUUUUAAACAUACGAUUGGAGACUAAACCAUUUUUCGUUGCGAUCAAUCAAAUAUACCGACGAACAGAGCGAGCCGUUCGUUUCAAUCUUAUAAUCUCAUUUCGAAACUCUCAUAUUUAGUUGCAGAUUCUCCGAUUCCGAAGAUGGAAGCUGGAGGGAUACAGGAUGCUUCUAAUGUUGAUAUACCUGCAAUGACCACAAAGGGAAACUGCGAGUCGCAACAAGGUGAUUCCAUUUCAAAUGGCCGUAAUUGCGAUCCAAACAUGAGACAUAUAUGCAAACCCGACGAUGUUCUCAGGAAUCUUAAAAAUGUAUCAUAUAUCUUCAGACAAGAUGUUGUGACAAGCAAAACUGAUGGCAAGAUAGGGAUAGUGACUGAAGCUCCUGGUGAUUCGGAUUCAGAUAGUGGCAUUAGUGAUGAUGAAGAUGAGGAUGAAGAAGAAGAUGAUGAUGCUAAGGAUGAAGAAGAAGAUGAUUCCAAUGAGGAAGGGAACCUGGAGAAUAAUGACAAGGCUGAUGGGUGCACUGGAGAGAACAUGGAAAGUAACCACAAUAAUGAUCAUCUUUUAGCUGACCAAGUUAGAGUCCUUUGGAUGGAUGAAACUGAGUCAAUCCAGUCUAUUAAUGAUGUCACAGUUAUUGACAGAGGAUUUCUACCAGGGGAUUACAUUGCUGCUGUUGCUGACCCAACAGGCCAAGUUGGUCUUGUUGUUGACAUUAAUAUUUCUGUUAAUUUAUUAAACCAUGAUGGAUCUUUUGUUAAAGACAUCUCAACCAGAGAGUUGAAACGUGUCAGGGAUUUCACAGUUGGUGACUAUGUUGUGCUUGGUCCCUGGCUUGGUAGAAUUGAUGAUGUUUUAGAUAAUGUGACAGUGAUGUUUGAUGAUGGUUCUCUAUGCAAAGUUAUGAAGGCAGACCCAUUACGUCUUAAACCAGUUGGCAGGAAUAGCCUUGAAGAUGGGAAUUUCCCUUAUUAUCCAGGUCAGCGUGUAAAAGCAAUCUCUUCAUCUGUUUUCAAGAAUUCAAGGUGGCUAUCUGGCUUUUGGAAAGCUAGCCGGUUGGAAGGUACAGUAACUAAAGUUACUGUUGGGUCAGUGUUCAUUUAUUGGAUUGCUUCUGCUGGAUAUGGAGCCGAUUCUUCCACUCCUCCAGCUCAAGAACAAAGUCCCAAAAACUUGAAGCUGAUAUCAUGCUUUGCACAUGCAAACUGGCAGUUGGGUGACUGGUGUCUUCUUCCUUCACCCCCUCCGUCAUCUUCAAACCUCUUGGAACAGGGAUUAGCGAAAUUGGAUCUUAGUGAUUCUACAAAAGAAGAAGCUUCUGAAUCUGCCCAGACUGGAGGAGAUUGUGAUUCAGAGGGGUCACAUUGCAAUAGUGAAUCCAUAGAUAAUGAUGCUGACUCUUCAAUGGACUGGAGCUGUGAUAAUUUAGAAAACAAAGUCCCUCUGGAAUCUAGUUCAUCUGGUAGCACAUUGCAUGUCUCUAAGGAACCAAUUCAUGAGAGCUGGCCAAUUCAUAGAAGAAAGAUUCGUAGAGCUGUAGUCAGGAGGGAUAAGAAAGCUCGGAAAAAAGAGGAGAACUUUGAAAGAGCCCUUCUGAUUGCGAAUACUAAGUCACGUGUUGAUGUUGCUUGGCAAGAUGGAACAAUAGAACGAGGUUUGGAAUCCACAUCCUUGAUUCCUAUUGAUAACCCAGGAGAUCAUGAAUUUGUUGCUGAACAGUACGUAGUGGAGAAAGCUGCUGAUGAUGCUGAGGGUGUUAGCGAAACUAGACGUGUUGGUGUUGUAAGAAGUGUCAAUGCAAAAGAGCGAACAGCCUGUGUGAGGUGGUUAAAGCCAGUUACCAGAGCAGAGGAUCUCAAAGAAUUUGAUAAAGAGGAAAUGGUCAGUGUAUAUGAGUUGGAGGGGCAUCCUGACUAUGAUUACUGUUAUGGAGAUGUAGUUGUUCGGUUGUCAUCUGUUCCUAUUCCACCACAAGUCAAUUCCUCGGAGAGUCCCAUUGGUAAGUGUAAGCAACAGGGUGGUCCAAAUGAGGUGAAAGAAGAUCAGAAAAUGCAUUUAGGAUGCAAGAACGAUGGAAGUACAUUGAGUGAUGAGUCUUGUACACAGUUUUCAGAUCUCUCCUGGGUUGGGAACAUCAUAGGGCUUAAAAAUGGUGACAUUGAAGUUAUGUGGGCUGAUGGGAUGAUAUCAACGGUUGGGCCACAAGCAAUUUAUGUUGUUGGUCGCGAUGAUGAUGAGUCUAUGGCUGCUUCUGGAAGUGACAUUAGUGAUGAUGCAGCAAGCUGGGAAACAGUUGAAGACGAUGAAUUAAAUAACACUGAGAAUCCAAAAGAGGACCUGGGUGCACAAAGUGCUACUGAUAUCAGUAUUGAAAGUGAUGGCAGUUUAAUGGAUAUGGAAAAUUCUGGAGUGAAUGGAGCUCUGGCUACUGCAUUUGGAUUUGUAUCCAGGUUGGCCUCUGGAAUAUUCUCAAGGGAACGGAAGAAAACAGAUUCCCCAAGUUCAGAUUCCAGAAGUGAAGAUGAGAUCCAAAAUCAGGGAUGGGAUAGAAGAAUGGAUACUGGUGAUGAUAAAUGCUGCCAAAGGUCCAGUGACAUGCAAUACAUUGGAACUCUGUCUAUUGAAAAGAGAGAGGACAAUGUUGCUGUGGAGGCCAUAGACCCGUCAGAUGUGGCAGAAGCUCUCAGUAAUAUGAAGGCAGAACCCACUAAUGCAUCAGUGCAACAUAAAGAUGGAGCAUAUGCUUUCAAAAACUUCGAUAUCACAACAGAUCCUCACGAUCAUUAUUUUGUUGGUGCAACUGCUCAGAACAAUGCUGGAAGGAAGUGGCUUAGGAAAGUUCAACAGGAUUGGAUCUUCCUUCAGAAUAACUUGCCUGAUGGCAUAUUUGUACGCGUGUAUGAAGACCGAAUGGAUCUUAUGAGGGCAGUGAUUGUUGGAGCGUAUGGCACACCUUACCAGGAUGGCUUAUUCUUCUUUGAUUUUCACCUUCCGCCAGAGUACCCUGAUAUUGCACCUUCAGCAUAUUAUCACUCUGGAGGGUGGCGAGUUAAUCCAAAUCUGUAUGAGGAAGGCAAAGUUUGCCUUAGCCUAUUAAAUACCUGGACAGGUAGAGGAAAUGAGAUUUGGGAUCCUUCAUCCUCGAGCAUUUUUCAAGUCCUAGUUUCGCUUCAAGGGUUAGUUUUAAAUGCCAGACCAUAUUUCAACGAAGCUGGAUAUGACAAGCAAAUUGGAACUGCUGAGGGAGAGAAAAAUUCUCUGUCCUAUAAUGAGAAUACAUUCUUGUUGAACUGCAAAACAAUGAUGUACCUGAUGCGGAAACCCCUUAAGGACUUUGAAGAACUUGUGAAAGAGCACUUCAAGAGGCGCGGUUAUUACAUUCUCAAAGCAUGUGAUGCAUAUAUGAAGGGUUACCUUAUUGGCUCUCUAACACCAGAUGCUUCUGUUAGCAGUAACAGUGAUGCUCAUGCAAAUUCAGUUGGUUUCAAGCUAAUGUUAGCAAAGAUUGUGCCAAAGCUUUUCUUAGCUUUGAGUGAAAUUGGAGCAGAGUGCGAGGAGUUUAAACAUCUGCUACAUAGUGCACCAUAAAGGGUUAGUUGCAUUCAUCGUCUAUUGCAAUGUGGAUAACUCGCCAAUCUUAUUGCUCAAGGGGAAAUGCUUUUGGUGUUUCAUUCAGUUGGGGUAUUGUUCAUUGUUUGCAACCUGAGGGCCAGGUAGCACCCAUAUUUUUGAGAUGUAAUCAUGGAUGCUGCUAUACUUUGUUGACUAAGCUUUCUUGAAUCUUUCAGUGGUGGUGGAAAAUUAUUUUAUGGCUAUCCCUCAAAAAAUUGAGGAGGCAGUUGAGUAAAUAACUUGGCUCUUGUUGUGGGCUGGGAAAGUUGUAACAAAUCAGUCAAAGGAGUUAUAGAACUCAUUCAUUGUUGACAUUGUUAUUCAUUCAUUUUUAUACAUUUAUGAUUUGGGAAAAUUUUUCAGGAAACUUGGUAGUAGUGUGUGUCCAUGCUUUCUGUUUUGGUUUGCGGGGUUGUAAAUUUGGAUGCGUGUGGAGGACUUACCACCAUACACUUUGUAUUGCUAAUAUUCAUUUAGUGGAUGUUGUGAGCUUUAUCAUGUUUA